AUGAAUAGCCCCUCCGGCCGGGCUGGACUCAUCAGGGCUCGCGACGAAGCCGGCAGCAUGGAGAAACUGGCUCAUUCUGUCCUCGACGAUAUAUUACAUAAUGUCAUCUCCGACCUCCUCGUCAAGGUCCACCGCGAGGAGAAGCAGGCCAAGGCCACCUCAGCCGCCAUUCGCAUCGAAAAGCUAGCCUCGGAUGCCUCCGAAAGCUCAACUCCCGACUCAAAACCCGACGGCCGCAUAGAAACAGACGCCGCAAUAUACGAGGACGGCAAGGUCACUCUCAAGGGCAACCCUUUGAAGACGACCACCGAAAUCCUCUGCCCCAAGUGCCAUCUGCCCCGGCUGCUCGCGCCCACGGAUGGUAAGGGUGCCGUCAAACCCGAUCCGACCGUCGUCUACUGCAAGCGACACCCCUACAUUGACAAGCCCGGUUGCGACAUCUACGGUCAGACCUGGGUCGCUCCUGGUCCGGGACGUGGAAAGAAGAAGAAGGACAUGGAGAAGCCUGACCCGGCCGAUAAGCCCGCCAAUGUGCUGUCCUUUCCGUCCGCCACAUGCAGCAAAUGCAAGCGAUGCAUCCUCGUCACUCGAUUAAACAACCACAUGGGCUCCUGUAUCGGUAAUAGCGGCCGUAAUGCCAGUCGCGCCGCCGCCCAAAAGAUGAACGGUAACUCUCAGCAUGACAGCACCCCGCCUUCAUCACAAAAGGCCACGCCUGCGCCGGGAUCACGCGCCUCGAGCCCUAGGAAACGAGAUGCCGCCGCUAGCGACGAGGACGAGGACGAAGACGACGAGUCCGAGGCGAGCCCCAAAAAGAAGAAGAUCAAGUCGGCUGCCGCCGUCACCAAAAAGGUCAUUCUCAAGACGAAACCCAACAUGAAGCCGGAAAAGGCACGUGUCUCGUCGCAUCUUAAGCAGGAGCACAAAUUUGACGACAGCGACUCGACGCUAGAUAAGACGCCCACAAAGGCACUGAAUAAGCAUACCAGCCCUCUUAAAAAGGUCAAGGUUCAAAAACCCACGAGCUCGCCUCUAUCACGGAACGGGAGAGACAUUGACAUGAGGUCAGAGUCCUCGGAUCCAAUGUCUUCGCCUCCUGGCCGAUGA